AUGCCUUCUAUUACUGGAGAAGACUUUGAUCUUCCCUCGGCGAAACGCCAGAGGAUCGUGCAGCCGCAGUUGCUGGCUAGACAGAAGGACGACUCGCAGUCGCGGAUCUUUUCUCAUUUCCGGACCCUUGGUUUAGUGUCACCAACCGCAGUUCCGUUUACCUCGGUGCGCCUAGGAAAAUCGACAUAUCAAAUCACGACAUCCGUGGGAAGAGUGCUGCAGACCUAUGACCUUCGACGAGGAUUACAUUUGGUAUUCGCCAGCCAACCUCGAACGCCGGCAAUUAUCACAGCCACAUGCGCCUGGAAAAACUAUGUCUUCGCAGCUUGGGGAGGGCAGCGGCCCGGGGAAGAAUCUGGAGUGUGGGUGUUCCAGCGAGGAAAGAAGAUUGCCGCCUUAGAAGCCGCACCUCAAGCCACUGGCCCGAUCAUUCGUCUGCUAGUCUUUGGGUCCUGGAUCAUAGGUUGCUGCGAGAGGAGUCUACAAGUAUGGAAGACCACGUCGUAUGAGCAUUAUACAACACUGGUCCCGGAGAUAUCUCGCGGAGCUUCCGACCUACCGGUGUUCACGGGUCAUGUUUGUACCAUGCCCACCUAUUUGAACAAGAUUUUUGUUGGACGAUAUGAUGGGACUGUCGAGCUCUGGAAUAUCGGCAGUGGCAAGCUUCUGCACCGAUUUCUACCCCCAGCGACGGAGGAAGUUGCGAUCACCGCGAUGGAAGCCACCCCUGCUCUGUCACUCAUUGCCAUUGCUUAUAGGAACGGGACGGUCGUCAUUCGCAACGUCGACUCGGAUGAAAUACUGCUGUCCUUGAAUGCAUCAACAUCCAAGUCGAACCCUAUCACCUCAAUUUCUUUUCGGACCGAUGGGUUAGGUGCCGGCAACGAGGGUAGGGAGGCGGGCGUCAUGGCCACUGCGACAAUAUACAGUGGCGAUGUAACAUUGUGGGAUCUCAACAACGGAGGCAAAAAAACCGGCGUGCUCAGAGGCGCACAUGAUAUGUCUGCUGAGAGUUCUGACAGCGGUGUUAAUAAGAUAGAGUUCCUAGACGGCCAGCCAGUCCUGGUGUCGUCAGGGAGGGACAACGCUUUGAAGACAUGGAUUUUUGAUGAGUCACCAUUCUCGCCAAUUCCGAGACCGUUGCAUAGCAGGGGUGGUCACGCUGCGGCGAUCUCUUCGCUUAAAUUCCUACCUUCAUCUUCCGACGGUAGCGACGCUAUUGGGAAGUGGCUUCUGAGCGCAUCCAGAGACCGCUCUUUCUGGGCUUUUAGUUUGCGCAAGGAUAGCCAAAACGUUGAGCUAUCACAGGGAAAAGUCAAGGCCAUGGCCAAGAAGAAAGGCUUGUCAAGCGCAGCUGAAGCCGCUGAAGAGCUAAAAGCCCCCGAGAUCACUUCAAUUGCCUGUUCGCUCAAUCGUGAUCCAGGAAUGGGAGCCAGCAGCCAACAAGUCUGGACAAACUCGAGAGAUUUCAAGAAGAAUUCGCAAGGCGAAAAUGGAUGGGAAAGCGUUAUUACAGCGCAUCGAGGCGACAAGUACGCGCGGACUUGGUAUUGGGGAAAGAAGAAGGCCGGUCGUUGGGCGCUCGAGACAAGCGAUGGGACAGAAGUAAAGACUGUCGCAAUAUCAACCUGCGGUACGUUUGCCUUGGUAGGCUCGUCGGGCGGUAAAAUCGAUAUGUAUAACCUACAAUCUGGCUUGCGUAGACAACAGUUUCCACCACUGCCAGCCAAAGGCAACAAGUCUGCCAUUGGUGUUGCAUCGUCAGGACACACCAAAGCUGUUACCGGUCUUGCAAUAGAUAACUUGAAUCGGAAUGUUGUGAGUUGUGGACUAGACGGGAAAUUGAAGUUCUGGGACUUCAAUUCUGGAAAUCUACUCGCCGAGCUAGAUUGGGCGCCUAUGACUGCCAUCACUGGGCUGCGCUUCAGUACCAUCAAUGAACUCGCAGCCCUGAGCUGCGAUGAUCUGUCUAUUCGCGUGGUGGACCUAGAGACGAAGAAAGUCGUCCGAGAGCUCUGGGGGUGCCGUGGACAGAUUAACGACUUUGUCUUUUCUAACGAUGGUAGAUGGAUUAUAGCGGCGUCUAUGGACUCUAUCAUUAGAGUCUGGGACUUGCCAACGGGCCAUUUGGUCGAUAUCUUCCGAGUGCCGACUACAUGCACGGCUCUUGCGUUUUCAGGAACCGGUGAAUACCUUGCCACUGCGCAUGCGGAUGAAGUUGGUGUACAUAUCUGGAACAACAAGAGCCUCUUCUCCAACUUCCGACCUAAUCACAUUGACGAGAGCUCACUGGAAUCAAACACGACUUCUGUUGCUUCCGUUGAAUUAGCAUCCGGCAUGGUUGAUGCCGCCUUUGCACAGGAAGCAGACGAAGAAGGUCAAGAAAAGCCUGUUACUUCUUUUGAGCAGCUUGAUCAAGACAUGAUGACUUUGAGUAUUGUUCCACGAGCUUCUUGGCAGACUCUGAUCAACCUAGACACUGUCAGGGCACGCAACAAACCCAAGGAGCCUCCCAAAGCUCCUGAGAAAGCACCCUUUUUCCUACCCUCUUUGCAGGAUAACCAGUUGUCGAAUCCUAUUCGCGGAUUUGAAGAUCCGAAGGAGACUGGUGCCCCAAUUCCAUUCUCCAAGAGCCUUUCGAGUUUAUCACAGCCAGACUCGCCCGUCAGCAAACUAUUGGAGUCGGGCGCAAGGAACAAUACAUUUACACCUUUCAUCGACUAUUUCAAAUCACUCUCCCCGGGCAAGACAGACCUAGAAAUACGCUCUCUAAACGUGCAACUCCUACCGGGCGGAUACUGCGAGCUAGUAAGCUUUGUUGACGCAUUGGCAGAAAGACUUCGCGUGAAGAAAGAUUUUGAGCUCGUGAAUGCAUGGAUGGCAGUCUUUUUGAGAGUUCACAGUGAUCUUAUCUCUGGCGAUGGCGAAGAUGCAGAUGCAGAUGUAAGCAGUGUUUUGCGCACUUCUCUUCUAGCCUGGAAAAAGGAGCAGGAAAGUGAGGCUAGACGCCUAUCGGAAUUGAUGGGAUAUUGCCGAGGGAUUGUUGGAUUCCUUCGGUCGUCUCGUUAA